UAAGAACAAUCCUCAGAAGGUUCACACGUACAGCUUCCAGUGCUCAAACUGGGAGUUGAUAAACCAGUUGCUAAAACACUCCUUUGAGGAGGAAAUCUACUGUGGAAGAGCCUGUUCAAUAAAAAUUUAACCCGGAAGUUGUGAGUUUUUUAAAUGCAUACUAUCAGUGGAGUGAUGCACUAUGAAUGCACUAUGAAGGACUGCUUUUCAUGAGACAGACGUUCUUAAUUUCAGUUCAGCUUUGACUGGAAAGCUCCAUUUUCUUGGAAAAUGGUCUUCACAAUAUGAAGAAGUGCUACUGUAUGAUGAUGAGAAAUGAGUAUCUACACUUUUAAAUAAGUCUGCCAUGUCUAUCAGCUGUGUCUUUUGUGUAUUUUUUAUUUUUUUUUAUUCUGCAUAUGUUGCAUGUGUAAAUGCAUGUCAGCCUAAUUGUGAGUGCCUUAGUGUAGGAAUAUCUGUAAGUAAUUCUAUCCAGUGGUUGCACAGGUGAUACUAAGCUGAAUAUAGAGCCUUUUGGCCAGCUGGCCAUACUAUUUAAAACUGGGAGAGGACCCAAGGGGUGGGGGGUGAAAUUUGCAGUAGCUACACAGAAGUUUGAGAAUACACAUGGAUGCCCAGAAACUCCUGCACCUUGUCCCAUGGCAAGAGUACAAAGGUCAUAGGAGAUUCCCAUUCUCUCACCGACCUUAUUCCUGUCAUUCACUAUCAAUUUGUAAUGAAACAAAGAGCUUCUAUUUUACUGUACAGUGCAACAUAAUGAGAAAAGUUUGAUCUCAGCCUGUGAGCACCUCUUGAAAUAUGAACUAUGAACAGCCCAUUAAUAUCUUGGUGUUGGAAGAGGACUGCUUGAUCUUUUUUUAACCCCUUCUAUAGGUUAGCAGAGGGUUUUUUUUUUUUUACCACUAAUAUAAUAAUAUGCAGGAUAUGACUACAUAAAGGCCAUUACUAGUUUUGAUAAAAGUCCUUGUUUUUGUGUGCAUAAUAUACGAGUUGUGCAUUUAGAUUGGGUUGGUGUAAUUUGAUAUCAGCAAGAGACUGCAAGUUGUAAUGAGUGAACGAGUAGCAACAGCUGAGGUGGACAGUGCAGUCACUGACUCUCAGUAAUCUCUUCCUCUGACUGUCUGUGUGUGUGUUGGGAGAGAGCAAAUGGUGCACUGAGAGCAGGUUUUUCUUGCUGGUAGCAUGUCCCUGUCCUCUUUGCUGCAUCUCACUUUUUUUGCUUGGUUCUCUGGAUGUACUUCAUGGGUAGAGGCUCUGUGUUAGGUCUGGAGAUUUGUCAUUUGCCCCUGCUACAAGAAAAGAGGAAAAUCAGAGGAGAAGGAGAAGCAGAGGCGAGUGGUCAUUUUGACUAGACAGAAGUGGAACUUGUGUGCUAUUCAUAGUGUGAACUACUUAAUCGUGGAGUUGAAAAAAUAAAUCUGCUCUUGUUUGGAACAAAUAUAGUUAUUAAGGGGAACUUCCCUUCUGUAAGCCACUGCAAAUGUGAUUUUUCACACCUGAGGAAAACAGCUGUGAUAUUGGUUUCUGAUUCCUGCUUUCUUAGUCUCCAUUCUAAAUUGAGACCAUAGCAGGAUCAGUAUCGCCAAUGCUGGAUUCAGUCAUGCUGGAUACUCACCAUUGCUUCCACUUUGAUACAACCUCUUUUGAGGAUGAACCAUACAGAACUGAUCAAGAUGAACAGCCUCUGAGGCUGGACUAUGACAGACAUGCCUAUCAUAGCCUUAAAGAAGUCCUCCAAAUCAAACUACAGCAGAGGAGGACACGAGAGGAGCUCGUCAGCCAAGGAAUCAUGCCGCCACUGAAGAGUCCUGCUGCCUUUCAUGAGCAGAGAAAAAGUCUUGAGAGAGCACGGACUGAGGACUAUCUGAAGAGAAAGAUCAGGAGUCGGCCAGAGAGGUCAGAGCUGGUGAGGAUGCACAUACUAGAGGAGACGUCAGUGGAGCCCUCUCUGCAGGCCAAACAACUGAAACUAAAAAGGGCUCGCCUGGCUGAUGACCUCAAUGACAAAAUCUCUCACCGGCCCGGCCCUAUUGAGCUCAUCCAUAAGAACAUCCUGCCUGUGCCUGCACUCUUAGGUACAGGUUCUCCAAAAGGUGAGAAUUCCUCAUUGGAUGAGGACAGCAGUGAUGGCCUAUCUCCUGAACAGCCGGGCAGUCAGGACUCUCCACUUGGCUCUGUCCCUCAACACUCCCCCUCUGAUAUGCUUAAUCUGAACCGAAACCCCUCACCCACACAGUUCCUCACUCAGGCUGCGCCACCUCUGCUUAAUGCUCCUGAGUCCUCUUCCCCACAAAAUCUGACCAACGGACCUUCGAUGGUUGCAUGUGCCCGUCCUCCUACUGGAUCCGCCAAAUCCCAGUUAAAGUCUAGUGUCGAUCGUUCUGCUCAGCGGGCUAAGAAGCCUAAAGAGAACAAACCUAAGGUGAAGAAGCUGAAAUAUCACCAGUACAUUCCUCCUGAUCAGAAGAAUGACCGUGAGCCCCCUCCCCAACUGGAUUCAUCUUAUGCCAAGAUCCUCCACCAACAGCAGCUCUUCCUCCAGCUCCAGAUCAUCAGCCAACAGCAGCAGCACUACAACUAUCACACCAUCCUACCUGCUCCACCCAAACUUCCUUCUGAACAGCAGCCACAGCAGCAGCAACAGCCGGCCAAUUCUGGCCCUUCCCCAUCUCGAUUGGUUUCCACAUCUGCUGCCACAUCCACUCAGAAUGGAGCUAAUCGUUCCAGCCAGCCAGUGGCAGGAGGGGCCAAGCCAGGAGCAUUGCCUGCAAACUUGGAUGAAUUCAAAGUUGCAGAGCUUAAACAGGAGCUGAAACUGAGGGGUUUGACUGUGUCUGGCACUAAGAAUGACCUCAUAGAGAGACUGAAGAACUACCAGGAACAGAAUGGUGGUGCAGCAGUAGGGUCUGGACCUAUGAAAAUGGUUCAAGUUCCACCUCAGGAAGUGGCAGUUCAGUCUAAAGAUGCCGUCGGGAAGGGGGCAGCCUAUGCUGUGGCAAUGAGCAGUGGCAUCCAAGCUGCAGCCCUGCCCCAAAUCACACGCUUCAACAGUACAAGUUCCUCCCCUCCUGUAUCUCCUUCACCAUCUGAACGCUCAGUGGCUGGAAUGAGUGCUGAUGAGACCAGCUGUAAUGGGGAUGUAUUUGGAGAAAUGGUUAGCUCACCUCUCACCCAGCUGAGUCUGCACCCCUCCUCAGAGCAUCCAUCCCCAGUUAAAGAGGAGCCUCUUGGGCAGUCAACAUGCUGUAUGUCCCACCCCAUUGCUGCCCCUUCUUCAGCUACUCAGCCCCAGGAACAUCCAAUGGCAGCCCCACUGGCACCCUCAGCAUCUCUGCUGGACAAAGACCAGAUGCUGCAAGAGAAGGAUAAGCAAAUCGAGCAGCUGACCCGCAUGCUAAGGCAGAAACAGCAACUUGUGGAGACUCUGCGCUCACAGCUUGAACAGGGCAAGCGUGGAUCAACCGUAGAGGGAAUGGACAUAAUAGUCAAGACUGAAGGCGUAGCCCUGGCCAACAGAGAGGGUGUGAAGGUAAAAGAGGAAGCAAAGGAGGACAUGGAGACAUCAGCAGAACCACAGCCUCAGAGAAAGAUGCAAACACAAUGUUCUCAGCAGACACUGCUCAAACUGCAGCAGAUCCACCGACUGCAGGCGCAGCAGCAGCAGCAAAUGCAGUCAGACCAGUCAAAACAGCAGCAGCCGCAGGCACUGCAACAACAGAAGCUGCAGCAGCUCAUUAUCCAGCAGAGCCAGCAGAAGCAGCUACAGGCCAAUCAAAAGAAGCAGCAGAGGCCACAAAAACAACAGCAGCAAAAACAACAACCGUCACAGACGCAACAGGUCUCCCAAGUGUUUGUCAGCCAACAAACUGGCACUCAAGUGACCACAUCGUUCCCACUGGAUCUUCUCAAAGCUCAUCCAGCACCCACUCUUGUCACCGAUGGCAAUGGCAACCAUUACCUCAUUGCACUUACCAAUAACAGUGCGGACAACCGGAACAGUGAAUCUCCACAAAUGAAAACCAACGGACGCAUCACCCUUCAGAGGAUGCAGUCCACACCUAUCAGGCUUCCCAGCCAAUCAGCUAACGAGGUUGCUCAACCUGUGAGCAAAUCCCAACAGCCCCAACAAAAUGCUCCUGCCAAACAGCCCACCUCAAAAGUACAAAAAGCAGGACUGCACUUACAAACUCCUUUUGUUCAGGAGUCAAGUCAGUCAAUGUCAGCCCCACCCAAUCUUCAUCCUUUUUUCCUCAAUGAAGAGCCCCACCCUCUCACCGAGCCUAGCUCCCCUACUUCACUCAAGGGAGAUGUAUGUCCAAGCUUUGACCGACACACUUUAUUUACACCACCAUCUCCAAAACCGGAAUCCCAUAACCCCCAUCAUGUCAAAGAGAAUGGUUCCAGCAAUCACCAUAUAGACGAUUUGUUUGACAUUCUUAUUAAGAGUGGAGAAAUCUCAGCGGGAUUCAAGGCCAAUCCAGACCCUUCUCUCUCAGAGCUGCACUCCAACCCCCCCUCUCCCCCAUCCUCCCCGCUUCAUCUCUCCCCCCCCAUUACUCCACAUGACUCCACCCCUUCCCAUCAGCCUCCUGACACACAGCAUCGGUCCUACUCAGGAAGCGGCUGUCUGGAGGACUUCCUGAAGAGCACCACGGGGUCACCACUGCUUGGUGUGGAACCUGAUGGUCCAAUGACGCUGAUUGACGACUUCCACAACCAAAUGCUGAGCACUUCUAGUAUUCUUGAUCAUCCCCAUUCCCCAAUGGACACUAGUGAACUGAGUUUCUCCCCCCAUCCCACCAGCCUGGACUUUGAAGACCCUGUGCUUGAUGGCAUGGACUGGCUAGACUUAUCCAUGGGAGGAGGGAGCAGCACAGGCGGGACAAUCCUAGUUCCUCUGAGUUCACACACACCUCCCAGUGUUUUCUCAGCAGACUUUUUGGACAGUUCAGACCUGCAGCUCCACUGGGACCCUUGUUUGUAGCUUUGGUCUUAAUUGCUUAGCAGAUAAAAUGCAACCUAGCACCUUUGCUCAUAUACAGUGUACAGCUUUUACACAUGCGCACACACACUCCAACAUACAUGCUGUUUCAAAUGCUAAAACCAUUUAAACUGGUGUAUGAUAUUUAAGCAUUCACUAGUUUAAUAAGUCUACUAAAGCACUGAGUAUUACCCCUUACUCCCUCAACCAAACAUAAACAUGGUACAGUGCACUGUGCACUAAUGUAUUAACCUCACCCUCCAACCUCCAAAAAACCCUCAUUAUAUUUCUCAAGAAUUUUGACCUCCAAAUAAAAUGGAUACACCAGCUGUUUGGGUGGCUAUGUAAUGGGGAUUUACGCUCAUACAGCUGGUUGCUCAUCAUCAUGAAUAAAUAGUAUUUGAAUCUAGGCAGUUUCUAAAUGUCAGGAUUUUCUGGAGUUAUCCAGAAAGUCAGUGUUUAACUAUGUGGGUUACCUCCCUCAUGCCAUAUUGCUGUCACUCCACCAUACUUUCCCUGCUGACACUGAGAGACAUGGGCACAUGAUGGGAAGAAGAAUUAAGCAGAGAGAUGGUCUUCACCUAAUUUCUGAGACUGACUUUGGAAUAGCUUCCAAAAUGCCAGUGCUUUCAACUUUGCACUUAUGCUGACCUGACCAGUGUUCUGGUCUAAGGAAACCUCCAAACGAACAAUCUCUGCUGGGAACUGGGUUUGGUGAUGUUCACCUUACUCUAUGCAUUGCUGUAUUUGAGGUACAUGUUCUUGACUAAAGCCUUUCUCUUUGCAUAACUGAGCUACUGGACAUCAGGUUUGGGAUUCAGACUUCAGAAUAUUUGAAAAUUGCUAUUUUUUAAAAAGAAAAGAAAAAACAAAAACAAAAAAAAUAAAUAAAAUACGAAAAUGA